GAGGAGACGGAGCGGCCACAGGAAGAGAGUAAGCAACGGGCCAAGAUGUGAGGAGCACCGCUGGCUGCAAACCCCGGGCGCAGGCAUGGGCUGCCGAGCCAGCAAACUCUGCCUCAGCCCUGGAGCCAGGAAGAAGGUAGCCUGGUGACCAGCUGGGUGUUGUUGUUUUUCCAGGAUUUGUAGUUGUGCUGGUCAUGGAAAGAAAUCGCCAACCAUGUAAUCCAUGGAUGGGGGAUGCUCACUAGAACGAGAGAAGCUCUUUGUUAAAAACUCUACACUCUCUGGCUCAAAGAAGGGGGUGCCUUGCAAGGAAUCCCCCACAACAUCCAAGUCCCCAAAUUUAAGAAGAGACAAACGCUAUAAUAGAGCAUGGCGUAGCCUAAGAACAACAUGGUCUGCUAAUCUUUACAGCUGGGUUCUGCCAAGAACAGAGAGACGUCACAAGGCAAAGAACGAGCAAGAGCUGAAUGACGUAAAUGAUAAUGGGACCCAAAAGAUCAAGGACAAUGAGCAGGAAAUUCAAAACCUCCUUCAGAGAUUCCAGGAGGAGAAGGUUGCUCUGGAAAAGGCCAACAGCCUCAAGUUGGAAGAGCUGGAAUGCGAGGUGAAAGAACAGGCAAAGAGAGAUGCAGAAGCAGAGACAGAGCGGCGACUUUCUGAAAAGGCCACAGAGAUGAAAGCUGAAAUGGAUGUGAAAAUUGCAGAGCUGCAGAAAUCCUUUGAGAAAGAAAAGGCCUCACUUACAGAAACCAUCACUGACCUUAAAAGCCAGUUGGAAUCCUUUUUACAAAAAAUUCAGCAAAGUGAGGAAUCGGCCUUGAAACAAAACUACGAAAGACAUAUUAAGGAUUAUGGCAGCCCUGGUGAGUUCUGGGAACAAGAACUGCACAGCUUAUACUUUGUCAUUGAAAUGAAGAGCAGCCUGAACAAGGAAAAAGACAAGAAGCUACUGAACCAGCAAGUCAUGAUGGAGAGAAUCCUUACACUGGAGGAGAAAGUGAAGAUGCUCCAGCAGGAGAAUGAAGCCCUUCAAGAACAGACACAUAAUCACUCCACCAUCACGAUGUGCUUGACUGAGGAGCUUCUAAGCAAUAAGGCUGCCCUGGAGAAGGAAAUACAGCUCCGGGAACAGCUUCAACAUGAUAAAGAGCAACACGUGUACCGGGCAGUCAGCGGAGACCCGUCCUUGCCAUUCUCAUUGUCUAUUUCCUCACAGGAUGUGGCUGUUUUGGUGACUUAGACCAAAGACCAAUAAAAACUAAUGGACAAAUUGUUUAAGCAUUGUUUUAUACUGAGAAGCUGAACUGGCCUGAUCCAAGGAUUGCCGUCUCUUCUGGAUGGAGCCAGAUGUUGGAUUUUAUUUAUUACUUUUAAUUAUAUAAUCAAUAAACCCAGUUCUUGUCACUGGUGUCCAUAACUAAAUGAGUGCUUCACCCCCCCCACCACUCGUAAUCUUCCUUCUUGUUACCCUGUCACUAAUCCGGAACCGAAGAACACGACUGUCAUUAAACUCUAGAUUUUUACUUCUC